AUGACUGGACGCGGCAAGGGCGGCAAGGGUCUUGGAAAGGGCGGCGCCAAGCGUCACCGCAAGAUUCUCCGUGACAACAUCCAGGGCAUCACCAAGCCCGCAAUCAGACGCCUCGCCCGCCGUGGCGGUGUCAAGCGUAUCUCCGCCAUGAUAUACGAGGAAACUCGCAAUGUCCUCAAGACGUUCCUCGAGGGCGUCAUCCGCGAUGCCGUCACAUACACUGAGCACGCCAAGCGCAAGACCGUCACUUCCCUCGACGUCGUGUACGCACUCAAGCGCCAAGGUCGCACUCUAUACGGCUUCGGUGGUUAA